GCCAAUCAGGCAAUCAUACAAUUGAAGAUCAGAACCGUUAGCAUCGAAAACCCAGAGAGUAGAAUCAUCACUUACAUUCUUCAAUCUUCCAAAUCUCCGAUCAAAAUGAGUUCGAAACAAUUCGAUCUACCUCAAGAAUGUUGGGAACUAAUCUUCAAUUCCCUCGACCACCACCGUCACUUCGAACCCCUCUCCUUAGUCUCCCCCCGUUUCCUCUCCAUCACCAACCACCUCCGCCAAACCCUUAUCAUCUCCUCCCACACCCUCCCUCUCCUCCCCCGCCUCCUCCGCCGCUUCCCCAAUCUCAAAUCCAUCCAUAUCUCCCAAUUAUUCGAUGCCAAUCUCAAUUCCCUCCUCCACCGCCUCUCCAAGUCAAAAUUCGACCUCGAAACCCUCACGAUCGCGAAUCAGACCCAGUUUCCCCAUUCGGGUCUGGGUCAGUUAGGGCUAACCAUGAGAAAUUUGAGGAAAUUGAAUUGCUCGAAAAUGUCGGGUUUACAAGAUAAUGAUUUGUUUUUGAUUGGGUCUUCGUUUCCUUUGCUUGAGGAGAUUGAUAUUAGCUUUCCUGUUUAUAAUUCUCGGUUUAAUCCGAAUGGGUCGUUGGAUUUGCAUUGUUUUUCAGGGAUUGUUACGGAUGAAGGAGUUCUUCAUUUGGCUAGGAAACUUAGUAAGCUGUUAAAGAUUGAUCUCUCUGGUAAUCGGUUCAUUAGUGAUAAGUCUCUUAAGUUUUUAUCAUUGAAUUGUCUGUUAUUAAGUGAGGUUCGGGUUUAUGAUUGCGAUUUCAUUACGCAGAAUGGGAUUAGUUUAGUUUUGCGUAAUUGUGCUUGUUUGAAUUCUAUUUCGUUGGAUAGUGUCGGGAUACCUUCUAUAGAUAUUUUCUUUCAAGAGUCUUUUAGUUAUGCGAAAACAUUGUCUGUUCUUCAUCUUUCGAAUUCGUUUAUUUCCGAUGAAUUGCUUCAUUUGGUUUCUGAAGCUUGUCUUCCGUUAAAGAAAUUGACUCUCUCGUAUUGCUACAAUUUCUCGUUUGCUGGCAUUUUUUCGUUAUUGUAUAGGUAUCAGUUUCUUGUCUACUUAGAUCUCGAAGGGGCAAACUUUCUCACCGAUGAGUCUAUGAUUGAGUUACUUAAUUUUCUUUGCAACUUGUCGUAUAUAAACCUCAGUUUAUGUUCUAAGCUCACGAGUUUGACCUUCUUCGCCCUGUUGAAAAAUUGUCCCUUAUUGGAAGAUAUCAAAAUGGAGAGAACUAACUUAGGCGUCGAAGAGUGUAUGGUUGAUAUGGCGAGUAAUAUGCGGAUCAGGUCAGUAAGGUUGGCUGGGAGUAAUAGUUUGAGUGAUGAAUGUCUGGUGAAAAUUGCGUUAUGUUGCCCGAGGUUACAAGUUCUGCAGAUGAGCUAUUGUUUUUCGGUUACUGAAGAAGGGAUCAAAGGUCUUCUUAAUAACUGUAGUGAAAUUAGGCAUUUGGAGAUGAAUCGAUGCAUAGGGAUAAAUAAUCUCGAUAUAGAUAUUGAACUUCCUAAAUUGGAGGUUUUGCAAGUGCAAGGACCGGGAGUUGAUGAUGACUCUUUGGCGGUUAUUGCAAAGAGAUGCCAGAUGCUGAUGCAUCUGGACUUGGAAGGUUGCUUGAAUGUGACGGCGAAAGGGGUGAACGAAGUGGUACAGAAGUGUACGAGACUGAGGGAGUUAAAUUUGAAGUGGUGCGAUAAUGUGAGAGUUGAUAUGGUAUCAAGUAUGGUGUUUUCAAGGCCAUCGUUAAGGAAAAUUAUUCCACCGUGUGGAUUCAUUCUUACUGAUAAUCAGAUUAGUUUUUUCAAGCGACAUGGAUGUUUAGUCUGUAAGGACUAGUGUUCAUGGUGCUUAUUGAUUUGAUUAAAUUUUCUAGUUCCGAUUCCUAUACCGAAUUGUUUGAGAGAUGGAGAUAGCUUUCUAUGAGUUGUAACAUUUUAAUGUCUUUUUUCUGUAUUUCUAUGAAUUAAGUUGAUAGAAUAAAGUUACAUACAACAUGCAAGGUCGAACUGUUCCCGGUGUUCAUAACAAUUAGCAAGCACAAUUUUCUUUUGUUUUCUCAGUUAAGCUAAGCUUCAGCAGCUUGCUUCAUGUGUAUGUCUGUGUGUAUAAAUGGCAAAAUACAUAUUUGAGUCCA